CGUACCGUGAUGUACUUGGAUAUUACGUGUAGUCGAUGAGUCUAGAUCUUGUGUACAAACACCGCUGACAAAAAGACAAACUCAACUUUUGCAUCACUUCAUCUUCAAGUUUGUUGGUCUUCUAUUUGAAUUCGAGACAAAACAUCAGACGACGAGUGAAGCUGACUCCAUGACAGGGGCUGCAAAAACCUUGUGAUGACUCCACCUGAUGUACUCUUCACUUGCUGAUGUGCUUCAGUGACCACACAGGUUAUUCUCAAGGGUUGUGAAGACCCCCCCCCUCCCCAUGUAAAUCACCCAGCUCUGAAGAAGUAAGAAGAGCAACAUUCAAAAUGGCAGACUGUAGCCUGAACAUAAUCCCAACUUUCACCAGGUGUCUGUUGUUGUAUCAACUGCUUGUAUCGAUAGUUGCAUCUCAGCAUCAGUAUUUAGUUUUUGAGGAAGCUUACCAACCAGAGAACAAUGUCAUUAAGUUAAAGAACAUGGUUCUAGAUCCCAGCACCGGUGCACUGUACGUUGGUUCUGUUAACCGGUUGUACAAACUUUCAGGGGAGCUUGACAUCGAGGCAACAAUUGCUACUGGUCCCCGGCAGGACACUACGAAAUGUGUAGCACCACCUGUAUCUUGUCCGUUCGAAAGGGAAACAACAGAUAACAUCAAUAAGCUAUUGGUAGUAGAUCAGGAUCGUUUGUUUGUCUGUGGCAGCAUCUACCAAGGAAGCUGUAACAUCAGGCGUUUGGAUGAUUUAGGUCUUCUUGGAAACGAUAGUUAUGAAGAAAUAGUCCCAAAUACUGCUAAUGGAACUUCAGUCGGAUUCAUAGCUCAAGGACCAUAUAAUGAGAAUGUACUUUAUAUUGCUACAUCAUUGGCAGACUGGCUUGACAAGGCAGUACCAACUGUGUCAAGCCGAAUACUACCACGAGAGAAUAACGUCUCUACAUUGUUUUCCAUACUGACAAACACUCAGGAACUACGUAAAUUAGAAAUUAACGUUCCUGCUGAAGUCUUGUCAGCAGGGCAAGGUGUUCCCUUCAACAUUUAUUACAUCUAUGGAUUUUCGAAUACCAACUUUAGUUACUUUGUUGCUGUUCAGCCACUGGAUUACAGAGUAAUGAAAAGUCCUUACUACACAAAAAUAGUCCAGAUCUGUCAGCAAGAUAAUAAAUAUGCAUCCUACAGUGAGUUACCCUUAGCAUGCUAUAAAGGAGGAAAAGAUUACAAAGUUGCACAGUCUGCCACUGUGACAACCAUUGGGUCCAAGUUGGCAUCGGCAAAUGGCUUUCAAGUUGGGGAGAGAGUCUUGAUUGUCACUUUUUCCGAGUCGGUAGUGAACCAACUGGAGCCUGUGGAAGCAUCCGCCGUCUGUAUGUACUCUAUCAAAAGUAUCAACCAAUAUUUUAUCGAUCGCAGGAAAGAAUGCGCGAAAGGAGAAACGGCCGUAACAGAUCUCAAUUGGCUACGCAAUGCUGAUUGUGAAGAUUCCCCCUAUCUGGUAGACCAUAUUGAUGCAGCCGGAACAGAAUACUGCCACACAUGGGAUCAGGCUCAUCCCCUUGGUGGUAAAAAUCCCAUCCCAGCCCAGGCCAUCUAUACAGAUAACUCAAUUCUCACAGCGAUUGCAGCCACAGCACACCUUGAAGAGACCGUUUUAUUCCUUGGAGAUCAUCAUGGCCAUCUGAAAAAGCUUCGUGUAGUUGAACCCUCCAAAGCUGAGUUGUACGAAGAAGAAGUUAUUCUUGCAAACCAGAAGCCAGUCGUACAGAACGGGAUUUUAUUCAGCGUGGAUAAGAAUUUUAUCUACUUCAUGACUGUUAGGAAGAUCCAUAAGAUACCAGUGGAGAACUGUUCUCAAUACACUUCAUGUGAGAGCUGUUUGGGUGUAGGAAACGGCACUGGAGAUCCCUAUUGUGGCUGGUGUUCUCUACAAAAGAGCUGUACAAGACGCAAUGAGACCAAGUGUACAGGCUCUGAAGAUCUUUCCAAUCUGAGAUGGUUGGGCAAUGUGGACCAAUGUAUUGCUAUACUCUCUGUGGACCCACCCAACACACCCAGACAAGGGACACAGGAGCUGACACUAACCACCCGAGGUCUACCUAAACUGGACGAUGGUAGUGCCUAUGGUUACCAGUGUACAUUUGGUGACUUACCUCUUGCAGAGGCUACAGUGGUUACCAUGAACGAUACAUCCCUGGUGCAGUGCUUAACACCUGCAAGUGAUGUAUUACCUCCGAUAGGACCAGGUUUCUUGAGAGUAGAGCUUGCCAUCCAUUCCACAGAAACCUCCCUCGACAUUGUGAGCACCGACUUUGAUUUCUACGAUUGUGGGACCUUCACAAGUUGCGUGCAGUGUAUUGGCAACAAGUACAAGUGUGACUGGUGUAUCUUUGAGAAUAAAUGCUGUGGAAACUCAACAUCCUGUGAUGCCAGUGGGAUUAUAACCAAGGAGGAGGGCACCCAGUUUGGUGAGCUACUCUGCCCUCGCAUUGUGAAUGAUAGCGUUGAUAUCCUACUGGCAGCAGAUGUCACAAGUGGCUUCCUCGUACCCACUGCUCAUCUACCCAUACCAAAGCUUGGAGAAAAGGGGUACAAGUGUGUCCUGCAAUAUGAAGACAGGGCUGAGGAGGUUGAGGCAGUCAGGGUCAGUGAAUCUAGCCUGCAAUGCAACCCAAGAAUAUAUGAAUAUUCAGCUGAUGUGAACAACUUACCAGUCUCUCUAGCUGUGCUCUGGAACAAGAACUUUGAAAUUGAUAAUCCGGAUGACCUUAUUGUUAAUUUGUACAAGUGUGAUGUGAAACGCCCCAACUGUGGCAUUUGCCUGGCCGGGAAUGAUAAGUAUCAGUGUGGAUGGUGCAGCGAUGGUGGUGUGUGCAGCUUGCAGUCGCAGUGUGGUGGGGAAUGGCUGAAUGGAGACGCACUGUGUAUAGACCCUAGCAUUACCAAUUUUGAUCCAAUGAGUGGGUACAUCAAAGGCAGGACUGCUCUGACUAUCACUGGCAUCAACCUGGGCUUGAGGGUGGAGAAUAUUGUCAGUAUCAUGGUAGCUGGUGUUGAAUGUGGAGUACGGUCAAAUGACUACAUAAUAGCUACACAAGUGAUGUGUUACACUCUUCCGACGGAGACACCAGCCGAGGGACCGAUUAAAGUUGUAAUCCAAGGAGGUAAUGGAACGGACACAGUUACUGCAGUAUCUACCACACACUUCAAAUAUGUGAUACCCAUAUUGACUGGAGUGGAACCUACACUUGGACCACGGUCAGGGGGCACCAACAUCACUAUCACUGGUCAAAAUCUCGAUGCUGGUAGGAAGGUUGACACGGUCAUCGAGGGACUUCCUUGUCAACAAAUAAGUCGUUCUUCGAAUGAGUUAUUAUGCACUACGCCAGCAGGCUUUGGGAACAGUUCAGUUGCAAUGGCAUUUGAUGAUGAGGCUCUGAUGGACGCUACUGUACGAUAUCAAUACAAGCAGGAUCCUGUCAUUACUGGACUAAAUCGCUAUGACACCAUCAAAAGUGGUGGUUUGAUGAUUGAGGCUAGUGGAACCAACUUGGAUGUGAUUCAACAACCUAAGAUACAGUUCAUUGUGGAUGGAACUAAACUAAUACAGGAUUGUAACCCACCCAAGCCAAACAGCAUGUCCUGUCCCACCCCGGACAUAGGGGCUUUCCUUGCAGCUGACUACUCUGUCGAGAACGGAGCAGAGACACAGAAGAGGCGAGUUGUUCGGGAGACAGGUCAAGAUAACAUCUUCAGCCUGUCACAGUCACAGUAUGGAUUCAUCUUAGAUGGGGUCAAGAACUACACCACCUUGGAGGGCAUUCCUGGCAUACAGGCGUUCAAGUUCUACCCGGACCCGGUGUACUUCAAAUUCAAGGAGGAGAAUCACAUUCGCAAGUUGAAGUUUAACCAGAAUAACAUCUUGGAAAUUGCGGGUCAGAAUCUAACCCCAGCAUACAAGGAAGGUGAUGUACGAGUUGCAAUCGGAGAUGCUUUCUGUGAUGAAGUGACAUUGAUAGUAACACUGCUGACGUGUUCACCACCGUAUGAGCAGCCCGCUAGCGUCACAGGAACUAAAUUCCCUGAAGUUGUGGUUUACCAAGGUAACUUGAAUUUCACCGUUGGACAGCUGCAGUACAUUGGAAAAUAUUACACGGUGUACAUCAUCGGUGGGUGUGCCGGUGGUCUGUUUUGCCUCCUCAUCAUUUGCAUCAUUGUGUAUUGUAAAACAUUCCGGAGCGAUACAACCGACAGACGCAUCAGAGAUCAGAUUGCCUUGUAUGAAAUGCAGGUGGCCAAAGAAUGCAAAGAAGCAUUUGCCGAACUACAGACAGCCGUGACCGUGUUGACCAGAGAUUUAGUUGCCAUCCCAUUCCGAGAGUAUCAUAUGUACUGCAUCAAAACAUUAUUCCCUGACCAGCCUAACCAUAGCGUGCUCAAAGAACUAUCGCUUGCAGGCGUUAGCCAGACCAACAUAGAGAAGGGCCUCGUACAGUUUGAACUGCUGGUCAACAACAAGCAGUUCUUGCUGACCUUCAUCCGCACCCUGGAAGAGCAGAAGAGCUUCACUCAGAAAGAUAAGAGUAACGUGGCGUCUCUGAUGAUGGUGGCACUGCAGGGCAAGAUGGACUACUGUACCACCAUUCUCAAGGUCCUAUUGGCCGAUCUGAUUGAGAAACAUGUGCAGAAAGGAAGAGAGAGGUUGCUCAUGAGGAGUGAUUAUGAAAACCACAGUUUUUUGAGGGUCAAAAGACAAGGACUUCACGGCUGUUUGAAAUGUCCAUGGAAUGAGUCUGUUGCUGAGAAGAUGGUGAGUAACUGGUUGACGUUCCUCCUGUAUAACUUCAUCAAGGAUACAGCGGGGGAACCACUCUUCAAGCUCUUCAUUGCAAUUAAACAGCAGAUGGAGAAGGGACCGGUAGAUGCAAUCACUGGGGAAGCUCGUUAUGGUUUGAGUGAAGUCAAGGUCAUCAGGCAACAGAUCAAUUACACUGUUAUGAUGAUCAAUGCCAUCGGUCUUGGGAAGGAUCCUCAGAUGGUACAGGUCAAGGUGCUGGACUACGACACAAUCUUCCAAGUCAAAGAGAAGAUUCUAGAUGCCUUGUGCAAGACAACACCCUACAGUCUCCGACCGCCUAAAGAUGAAUUAGAUCUAGAGUGGAGAAGUGGAGAAGAUGGUCGUAUGUUACUUCAAGAUGAUGACGACAAGACGGAAGGAGAAUGGAAAAGACUCAAUAUGCUUCGGAAUUACUCUGGGAUUAAAGAUGGUGCAACAAUAGCAUUGGUUCCAAAACAGGGCUUCACCAUGUCAGCUUUCUCAAACUCUAGAGGCAUGAGCUUGCCUACAGCCAAUAGCCCCGCCCGUUCAAUGACCACACCCAUGCUGGCAGCAGACACGGAUAUAAAUGGCGCUAAACUCUGGCAUUUAGUCAAACAAUCAGAUUCGGAAUAUCAUAAAUCUGGUGACAAAGACCACAAGAUGUUGGCUGAGAUCUAUCUGCCCCGAUUAUUAACCACCAAGGGUGUGUUGCAGUCCUAUAUAGAUGAGUUGUUUGAGAUGAUCUUCAGUGUCAAUCACCGUAGUAACACACUCCCCCUCUGCAUCAAGUACUUAUUUGAUUUCUUAGAUGACCAAGCAAGACAUCAUUGCAUCCCAAACCAAGAAGAAGUUGUGCAUUCAUGGAAGAGCAACAGUCUUCCUCUGCGUUUCUGGGUGAAUCUCAUCAAGAAUCCCGAUAUCAUUUUUGAUAUCUACAAGUCUGAGACGGUGGAUGCUUGCCUAUCAAUCAUUGGUCAGACUCUAAUGGACUCAUGUUCAGUCUCAGACCACCCUUUGACUAAGGAUUCUCCCUCCAGUAGACUACUCUAUGCCAAAGACAUACCUCGCUACAAGGAAUGGGUCUCUAGCUAUUACAAUGACAUCAAGAAUUACCCCGCUGUCAGUGAUCAAGACAUGAGUGCAAUGCUAGCUGAACAUUCCGUUAGGCAUCAGUACGACUUCCACUCAAAGAGCGCCCUCAAUGAGUUAUACUUCAACUAUGCACAACCGUACAAGAGACCGAUUGUGGAGGCCCUGGAGGAGAAUGAGUACAACAAUCUUGCUGAAAAGUUUGACAAGCUGUGUGAAGAUCUCAACAACACCUUAUAAGAAAUAGAUAUUUUGACCCUAAUCAUGCCAAAGGAGGGAUGAAUCAUGAUGGAACAAACUGAAACUAGACUAGAAUGUUCUUCAAGUCCAUGUAUCUAUAUUCAGUUUACAACAACCUGCAACUGGAAUCAACUGGUUGCAACUGGGAAAAACAACCUGGUUGCAACUGGAAUAAACUGGUUGCAACUGGAAUUAACUGAUUGCAACUGGAAUCAACUAAGAGGGAGUCAGUUGGAAACUCUCAGUGGACUCUUGUUUGAUCAAGAAGGGUUGAUUGGUGUAGAAUGACGUCUUGGAUUAGGACAACCACAUUCUGCUUUGAUGACAGUGGACUACACAGAAACAUUCUACGGUUAUGACGAUCGGCGGUGAAUAUGACUGAAGUCCCAGUAGGUUUAGCUGUAUUUUCCUCCAUAAUCAAACAUCCAUGUGUAAGUUUAGUCACCUACUGUCACUCAGUGUCAGAGCCAUUUAAUGACUUCUUGGUGACGGUGUUAGUUGGUGAUAGUGUCACCUAUUGGAAUUGGAGUUCAGUGACACUGUUAUUCAGUGUCGGCCAUGUAAUGACUGUGAAUUUCUGUUUAGUGACACGGUUAGUUGGUAACAGUGUCACGUUUUUGAAUUGUCAUUCAUAGUCUGUGUCAUUGUAUUUAAUAAUUCAGUCAAUUUCUCUCAGUGUUUUUGUGACUCAAUGGUUUAUUUGGUGAACAAAUUCUGAAUAACGGCUUGUAAUUUACUUUUAUGCUGAAAAA